ACCUCAAACUGUCACUGUCAAACCAAAACUUUGUUUUUGUUAUGGUUGAAGAAAAUUUCCAAAAAGAAAUCCGUAAAGAUUAGGACUGAAAUGAAGUAAAAAUAAUGAACUUCUCCGGGAUAAUCAAGCUAAACAAACGGGCCUACUGUGUGCUAUUCCUUCUCGCUGUCGUAUUUGUGUAUUUGCAAUUUUUCAAAGCAGCAACCAGCGAAAAUGUUAGCUUGUUUUAUAUGCUGGAAGUUGCGAUUCACGCGGCCCAAGCCGGCGGCAGCCUGGUAGUUUCAACGCGAAACAAUCUAAAGAUCCAUUCGAAAGGCAAAACGGCCGAAGGAAAAGAUGAUAGCGUAACAAGUGCAGACUAUUUCAGCCACUGUGCCAUGCUCGGCAUCAUAACAAGGGCUUUGCCCCAAGUGACGCUAAUUUCUGAGGAAAACGGCAUUAAUUGUAAAAAGGAAUCGGCAGCCCAAACGUACAAUCAACCAUUAAAUCUGCAGUUUGAUUAUCCAGCGGCGUAUGUAGAGGCAAGCGACGUUACAAUAUGGAUAGAUCCUUUGGAUGCUACCGUGGAAUAUACAGAAAAGUUGUAUCAAUACGUGACCACGAUGGUGUGUGUGGCCGUAAACGGUAAGCCGAUUAUUGGGGUAAUCCAUCAACCGUUCAAUGAGUCAACUUCUUGGGCUGUGGUGGGUUUUGGACAUUCGGCCAAUCUUAACGAGAAGGUACAUGGGACGGAUUCGAACUUGCCAAAAAUCAUCAUAUCACGGUCACACAGUGGAACUAUAGAGCAAACAUUGAAAACAAAGUUUAAGGAUUUUAAACUGAUAGUUGCCGCUGGCGCAGGGUACAAAGCCUUAAGAGUCGCAGACAAUACGGCGGAUGCUUACUUGCACAGCACGGCGAUCAAAAAGUGGGAUAUUUGCGCUGGAAAUGCUAUUCUGAGCGCUUUGGGCGGAAAAAUGACUACCAAACACGGACAAACACUGACGUAUUACAACGACACUAAUGUGAUCAAUAAAGAGGGCUUAGUGGCAACGCUACGAAACCAUGAAGCGUUUAUAGAUAAGCUGUAAAAUAAAAUAUAUGGAGUUUAUAUAGA